UUUGUCGUUACUUGUGAACAUUAAUGUUCACAGUAACAAAUAGAUUAGAAAUAGAUAAGCAGCAUGCCUGCUCUCCCUGGAGUGAUUGACGCCAAAGAAUUGGCUCAAAUCGCAAAAACUGAACUCAAUGAAGACCCCAAUCGGACCAAGGAGGAUAUCAAGGCCAUCCAAAGCUGGAUUAAAAAACAACCCCAUCUACACAAAUACAUCAACACAGAUGAUCAACAUAUAUUGAUGUUCCUGAGAGGCUGCAAGUUCAGUUUGGAGAGAACUAAAGAGAAACUAGACGUUUACAAUGCUUGUCGGGCUGCUUGUCCAGAAUGGUUUGAUAACUGGGAUGCCAUGGACCCCAUUGUGCAAGAGUUCAUUGAUUUAGGCGUGGCUGUGCCUUUAAAAGGUUACGACAAGAACGGUCGCCGAGUAAUGGUCAUGAGGGGUUCGGCCAUCGAUCCUCGUCGACAUAACAUCAGCGAUCAAAUGAAGUUUUCCAUGAUGAUUUCGGAAAUGCUUAUGCACGAAGCGGAUCAGAGCAGUAUCACCGGCUUCGUUGGAGUUCAGGACAUGGAGGGCAUGACUUUGGGCCAUGCCACACAGUUCUCGCCCUCCUUGGGCAAGAAGGCCAUGACCAUAUGGCAGGAUGCUUAUCCUCAACGUCCCAAAGGCAUGCACUUUUUGAACAUGCCCAGCUUAAUGGAGGCUAUCUUUGGGAUGAUGAAGAGCUUCAGUAAAGAGAAGAUGCGGGAUCGACUCAUUGUGCAUCCCAAGGGGGAUUUGACCAUGCUCCACGAGGCAGUGGGAACUGAGAUUCUCCCCAAAGAGUUUGGUGGAACCAAUGGUGUACUUCAGGAUCACAUUGAUGAGCUGAGGCGUAAAAUGGAAAAACACCAGAAAUGGUUUCUAGAGCAAGGCAAAUUCAAAUCAAACGAGAAGAAGCGGCCUGGAAAGUCCAAGAACCACUCGAAUCUGUUCGGCAUGGAAGGAUCUUUCCGCCAGUUGAGCUUCGAUUGAUGCGACCGACAAUGUACCUCUAGAGUGCUCUCAGGAAUGAAUUAGCGUGCAUUUUAAAUGAGUUCAAUAAAUAUGUUUUCCAAGUUGAA